CCUUAACCCUAAAAUAUCUCUCUUCCCUUCAGUCGAGCACGCUCUGACUUGGCUCUGACGAUGCUCAGGCUAUGGACGUUGAAACAGAAGCCACAUCGUAACUUGAUUCUCAAAUGCCUUCAUAGCUCAUCCAACGUAGCGGCCUCGACUUCCUUCGUCUCCUCAAACGCGCCUUCACCGCCUACUAAAUGGACUCCCGACUCAAUACGGACAGGGCUUAUUGCACGUAAACGAGGGAUGACUGCGUUAUGGAAUGAUCAGGGCGCUCGACUACCAGUUACUGUCCUUCAAUUAGAAAAUUGCCAAGUUACAGCCAAUAUUGUAACCACUCGUCAGGACAAGUCGGAAUACCACGCUGUUCAGGUCGCCGCUUCAGACAAGCCGUUGAAAAGAACGACAAGACAAAUGCAAGGUCAUUUCCGGAAAGCGAAAGUCAACCCGAAACGUAUCGUGAAGGAGUUCUCAAUUACAUCAGAUGCUCAUGUUCCAAUUGGGACCACUUUUUCAGCGAUACAUUUCGUGCCCGGGCAGUAUGUUGAUGUCAUUGCGAAAUCCAUCGGAAAGGGCUUCCAAGGUGGAAUGAAGCGUUGGAACUUUAAAGGUCUGAGAGCUAGCCAUGGUGUUUCCGUUUCACAUCGUUCUGCUGGUGCUACUGGUGCACAUCAAGACCCUGGAAGGAUUUGGCCUGGGAAAAAAAUGGCUGCUCGCAUGGGCGGUCAACGUAUCACAACGCAGAACUUGGCAGUUGUUCGAGUGGAUACUAGCCUCAACCUUAUAUAUCUGCGAGGAGCUGUUCCUGGCGUCGACGAUGCGCAGGUCAUGAUUCGCGAUGCCAAGAAGCUUGCUGCUGUGGGCCGUCACAAUCAGGCAAAAGGAUUGUACGAGAAGGUUCUGCCUAAAGGAGUGGACGAUUUACCGUUCCCUGCUGGAACUUUAGAGAUGGCUAAGACCCUACCGUCAAUAAUUGAAGCACCUGCGUAUAGAGUUAGUCCCUUUGUACCUCGGGAAUAAAUAUGUGCACCUACAUGCUCUGCUAAUUUCACAUUGUACUUCACAUAAAAUCAGUACCUUUACUGACAGAUAAAAUCGGUUUAUCAUGCUGAAGUACUUAAAUGUCGAAAAAAAGUUUCAUUCGGAAAACGAUUACAUAGUAUGCUAUCGCGGUUUUGAUUGAAGAAUACGCCAUUGCAGGAGAUUGCAGAGCAUUGUUAAUGAGCCCGAAGUACAAAGGCCGCAUCCACGGUAAAAUUCGCAAAUUGUUGUAAAACAUAAUUGAAAAGCGGAUAUACAGUACUUAGACCCUGAAAAAUUAAAAUGUAAUCACC